CAGUGACAUCACAAACAAGACCCCUCAAGCCAGCAUAAAAAGACAAUAUCAGCGUAACCUUUGUAAAAGAUUACCAAGCAUUCUUUCCCCAGAAACAUAAUCUCCAACCUUAUCAAACUCGAUCAAAAUGUCAACUCAGCAAAGUGCCAAGACGCAAUAUGUCAAGGCACCUAACGGUGUCGCAUUUGCAUACCGCCAAAUCGGCAAUGCAUCCGGUAUCCCACUUUUACUUUUGACACACUUCCGAGGUACCAUGGAUAAGUGGGAUCCUCUCAUCGUAAACAGCCUCGCCAAGAACCGUCGUGUUAUCACAGUCGAUUAUGCCGGUGUUGGUCUCAGCACCGGUGAAGUAGCCACUUCAAUCCGACAAUCCGCCGCCGAUAUAACACAGUUCAUCGAACUCAUAGGAGGAACGGAAAUUGAUCUUCUGGGAUUUAGUAUUGGAGGCUACGUCGCUCAGAUGGUAGCCCUCAACGCAGAUCCAAGCAAGGUCAAAGUCCGCAAGUUGAUCCUGGCAGGAACAGGAACCAGCUACGGGCCUGAACUUGUUUAUUCUCAGAACAAAGACGUCGGUUCUGUUGCUGGGGUCAAGGAUGUUGACAUCAAUGUGUUCAAGACACUUUUCUUUCCUAAGAAUGCUGAGGGUGACGCUGCAGCUGAAGCUUGGUGGUCGAGAAUCCAUGAACGGAACGCAUCUACGAGUGGUGAGGAGGCAUCUCUUUGGCUGAGCAGUGGAUAUAGAGAUGGUGGAAAAGGACUUAUGGGACAAGUUACGCAGGGCCAUGAUUUUACAGAGAGUCGGGAGAAGAGCAAGGGAGAAGAUGGCGCUUAUGAUCGAUUACUUGAUCUCAAGACCCCAGUGUUGAUCGCAAAUGGAAGCAACGACUAUAUGAUCCCCACGCCCAACAGCUACCUUAUCUACAACAAGGUCCCCAACGGGCAGCUCAUUUUGUACCCCGAUAGCGGACACGGCUUUCUCUUCCAGUACGCUCCGACCUUCGUCAAACAUGUCGAGACUUUCCUCGAGGGCUAG